CCCUCGCUCUGACACCCUGCCCCCUGUAUGGCGUAAGCUCGUUGGCUGAUAGUGCAAGCAAAGCAAGAAACCCUACCUUUUUAUCCCUUCCCUAAAAAUCACCACCCUUCUCUCUCUCUCUCUCUCUCUCUAGAAAUCAUCACCGCCCUUUCUCUCUCUAGCAGUGGUAUAAGCGUGAGGAUUAAAUGGCUGACCACCCAAAACCGCAAACAAUAACUCUCUCUUCUCAAAUCCCCUUUCAACCCCCUCCCCCUCUCUAAAACCCAUCUCCCCUCUAUUCCUCCUCAUAAAAAUCUCCUCUCUUUCUCUCUCCACAUCCCACUGAUUACACCUGAUAAACCCUCCUUCGCUCCCUAGAGUGAGAAAGAAGAUGGUGAUUUCUUCUCAUGCCCAUUAAUGGCUGAUCACCACUUCUUGAGAUGAUCAGGUGAGCUUGUCUUAUAGCCAAUUCUUCUAGCUUUUAGAGAGAAAAAACCCAUUUACACAUCUCUCAUUACAGGUUUCCUCUCCCUCAAUUUAGAUAGAGAGAGAGACUGUUUUGCCAUUGUUGCUGUCUUACUUUCUCUCAAUAGUGCAACACCAACUGACCAACCCACAUUGUACUAAACCAUUCAUUUGGAAAGAGAGUGCAGCUCAGGGUGUGUUUUGUCACCUGUCUCUUCCAUCUAACUGAUUACUCCUCUCACAUUGGAUAGAGAGAGAAAGAAAUUCCAAGUUUAGAGUGGGAAAGAGCACCAAAUACCAAGUAAAAGGAGUGGCUUUUGACCUUUUCUAUCUGCGGUGCAAGGGGCUUCUAAAUUGCAACACCUCCAAUUCUAGAGAGAUUGAGAAGGGGCACAUUCAAAUUUGCAAAGGAGCAGUACUGGAACUUCUCCUUUCCAUCAAGCCUGUAGAGUGAGAAAGUCACAGUAACAACACUUCAGUCCCUCCCACCUAGAGAGAGAAAGAGUGGGUUUGAUCCCCUACCUUCCCUUUAGUCUCUAUAGCUUGAGGGGUGGGAGCCUAAAUUGCGACACUUUUAAGCCUCACUCCUAGAGAGAGAAAGAGAGUUUUGACCUCUCUAAUUCUAUCUUAACCUGUAAUGUGACAGUCACAGUCAUCCCAAUUGCAAAAGUUCCAGUCCACCUAGAGAGAGAGAGAGAGAAGCCAAUUGGAAAGAGAAAAGUGAGUGAGACCCAAUUUCAAUACUUCACUAAUUACGACCUACUCUAGAGAGAGGAGAAUUUAACCCUCUUCCAUCAAUCAUCUAGCGUGAGAGAGACCCACUUGUUACCUUUCACCCCCCCCCCUCCUAGAGAGAGAAACUUAGCUUCAUAGGGAGAGAUCGCUAGAGAGAGAUGGAUGAAUCCAUGCCAAUCCCCAUAACCACCACCUACACCCCAAGUGCCCACCACCUCAUCCAUGACUCCCCACCGCCCCCAAACCACCACCAGAUCAUCCCCUCCACCAAUGGCCCCCAGACUCUUGAGAGAGAAAGAGAAGACCUCCACUCCUACAAAAAAAACAGCACCCCAAAAUACAGAGAGUGCCUCAGGAACCAUGCAGCUUCAAUGGGGGGCAAUGCCACCGAUGGAUGCGGAGAAUUCAUGGCUGCGGGCCCUGAAGGCACCCCCGAAUCCCUCAAAUGCUCGGUCUGCAACUGCCAUCGAAACUUCCAUAGAAAGGAAACUGAAGGGGAAGAUACCCCAUCUCCAUGUGAGAGUUGCUUCCUCUUGAAAUCCAGAAAAAAGAGUGGCCUUCUCAUCUCCACAGGCCCCGAAACCUACGGCUACCCGACUCCGCCUCUCGUUCAGAGGCCUCCACCAGCCAUGGCCACGCCGCCGAUGAUGGUGUCUUACAAUUUGGGGCCGCCCCACAACCACCACCACCACCACCACCAGCCCUCUGAAUCCGACGAGCAUGAAGAGAGAGAAAAUAGCUUUAGGGCUCCAUUAAUGGUGAAGAAGAGGUUCAGGACCAAAUUCACACAGGAGCAGAAGGAGAAGAUGCUGAGUUUUGCAGAGAAGGUUGGGUGGAGGAUUCAGAAGCAGGAGGAAGGGGUGGUCCAGCAGUUUUGCCAAGAGAUUGGAGUCAAGAGGAGGGUUCUCAAGGUUUGGAUGCAUAACAACAAGCACAAUCUCGCAAAGAAGGCAUCAUCUUAGUUUCUCUCUCUAAAACACACACUGUCUCUUUUGGGGGUUUCUCAAGAGAUUUUUUCUCACUUUCUCACUCCUCUAAUCUUGGUUACUCUCACUUACUUGCAGUUUUUCUUUUGUGGGGUUAUCAAGGGAUGAUCACUUUCUCAGUCCUCUGAAUGUUGGCCUCUCUCUCUCUCUAGAUCUUUUGAAAAAAAAAAAAAAUUAGUUUUUUAAAUUAUGGUUUCUAGUUCUGAUUCUUCCUUCCUUACUAUGUCCUAUGGGGACUUCGCAUUGGAAGGAUGGAGUGGGAAGGUUUGGAUUGUAGUGGUUUACUUUCUUCUCUACUUUUAUAUUGUAGUGAUUUCUGUCUCUCUCUUCUUUUUUGUUAGGGUGUUUAUUUUGGGUUUAGUAGAAUGUGAUGAUGCAGAUUAGGGGCUUUAAUUUAAUUUAGGCUUUUGUAUUCUUGGAGUUUCAGAAAAGCUCACAAGUGUUGUAAAAUUGGUUGGAGAUGUCACCUCAGAAAUGAGCUUGCAUUUGGUUC